CAUUCUUCCUCCAUACUCGGGGUCCUUGGGCCUCUCCAUUCUUCCUCCAUACUCGGGGUCCUUGGGCCUCUCCAUUCUUCCUCCAUACUCGGGGUCCUUGGGACUCUCCAUUCUUCCUCCAUACUCGGGGUCCUUGGGCCUCUCCCUUCUUCCUCCAUACUCGGGGUCCGUGGGCCUCUCCAUUCUUCCUCCAUACUCGGGGUCCGUGGGCCUCUCCAUUCUUCCUCCAUACUCGGGGUCCUUGGGCCUCUCCAUUCUUCCUCCAUACUCGGGGUCCUUGUGCCUCUCCAUUCUUCCUCCAUACUCGGGGUCCUUGGGCCUCUCCAUUCUUCCUCCAUACUCGGGGUCCUUGGGCCUCUCCAUUCUUCCUCCAUACUCGGAGUCCUUGUGCCUCUCCAUUCUUCCUCCAUACUCGGGGUCCUUGUGCCUCUCCAUUCUUCCUCCAUACUCGGGGUCCUUGGGCCUCUCCAUUCUUCCUCCAUACUUGGGGUCCUUGGGCCUCUCCAUUCUUCCUCCAUACUCGGGGUCCUUGUGCCUCUCCAU